AUGGUACUGGUUGUGCUGGUGUUUGAGCUGCUGGUGGUGUUGUUGCUGGUGGUGGUAAUGCUGCUGGUGUUGCUGGUGGUUCUGAUAGCGGAGCUGGUGGUAAUGCUGGUGGUCGUAGUGAUUAUGGUAGUGGUGGUAGUGAUGGUGCUGACGAAGCAGAUGCUUCUGGUGGUGGUGCUGUUGGAGGUUCUGGCGUUGGUGCUGGUGGUGGUGCUUGCGGUGCUUGUCGUCGUGCUGGUGGUGGUACUGGUGAUAGUGAUGGUUCUGCUGGUGGUUGUGCCGGUGGUGGUGCUUGCGGUGGUGCUGGUGGUGGUGGUGCUGCUGCUGGUAUUUCUGGUGGUUUUGGUGGUGGUGCUAAUAAUGGUGGUGGUGCUGGUUGUGCUGGAGGUGCUGUUGCAGGUGCUGGUAGUGCUGGUGCUGAUUGUGGUGGUGCUGUUUGCGGUGGUGGUGUAUUUGUCAGAAUCCUGCGUGUUGCUAACAGAAACUUUAGAUACCGUGGGUACAGGAGCCAUGGUAGAUGAGUCCGUGAUGAUAGGCCAUGUGGAGCCGUCAACCGACUGA